GAAAUGACUCUGACGGAAUUGCAGCCCUGGACUCAGUACGUGGUGACACUUCGGGCCCGAAACCCUGUUGGCGUGGGUCCACCUGCCAAAGUCCUGGUCAUGACGGAUGAAGGAGGUAAACGAGUGGGCGACUCUGACGCCGAGUUGCGAUGGACGCCGCCACGGCGCCCCAACGGCGUCCUCGACGGCUACCGCGUCUACUUCCUCUCGCUCCACGGCGCCAACAACUUCACGGACGUCCGAACCCUCGCCGUUUCAUCCCCGUCCACGUCUUCUUCUUCUUCGUCUUCCUCUUCUUCUUCUUCUUCGUCUUCUUCUUCUGACGUCGUCACCUUCCUGCUCACCAAUCUCAUGCCAGGGACGACUUACGAGCUGUGGGUCGUGGGCUUCACCCGGAAGCACGAGGGCCAGCCGUCGCCCAAGGGGCGUCUGCGCACGGACAACGGGCCACCUGGCCCACCCACCAUCACCAACCUGACCUGCGUGCCACCGCAGUCCCUGCUGGUGGCGUGGACUGCCAGCAGUUUGUUGCUCGGCAACCUGACCGAUGGCAGCGUGUACGAAAUCAGGAUCCAGGCCAGGGCCCGCAGCGAGUCGCACCCGGGCCUCGUGUACGAUGGCCCGUUUUCCGAGAUUCGCAAGGCCCUGGUGACUGGCAACUGCAGGGCGGCCUGGUCCUCCACGUCGGCCACACAGGACCACCGUGGCGUCUCCGGCGCCUCCAGCAACAACAACAACACGUCCUUGCUCGGCAACCUCGUGCAAAUGAAGCCCGCCUUGUUGGUGGGCACUUGUUGCGGCCUGCUGGCCAUUCUCUUUGCCGUCGUGGCCCUGUUUCUCUGGAGGAAAAAUGCCAAGGUGAACAGCGCGUUGGAGGCGAGCAGGAGCAAGCACCAGCCAGCAAAGGUCUUCCAGGACCCCUGUCCGCCGCCAGGGGGCCACAAUGCCAUUUCUUCCUCGCUGUUCCCUGCCCACGUGGCCCGACUGCAUGCGGAUGCAGACCUGGGCUUUGCCAAGGAAUUCGAGGCCCUGCAGAGUGCCUGCGAACAGCGAACCCGGGGUUACUCUUGCAGUGUGGCCCAGAGGCCCGAAAACAGGGACAAGAACCGCUAUCAGAAUGUGCUGCCUUAUGACCACUCUCUGGUCCCACUGAAGCCAUUGCAUCAUCAUCAGCAAGGAGGAAAAAAUGGAAACAUGAGUGACCUGAAGAGUCAGGAUUACAUAAAUGCUAGUUUUGUGGAUGGAUGGAACAGACCAAAUGCUUACAUAGCAACACAGGGACCCUUGGCCAGCACUGCUGUGCCAUUUUGGAAAAUGAUCUGGGAACAUGAUGUGAAAACUGUUGUCAUGAUCACCAACUUGAUUGAAAGGGGCAGAAGUAAAUGUGAUCAGUAUUGGCCUUCAGGCAGUGAAGCAGAACAAUAUGGCUCCUUGCUUGUGAAACCCACAGUGCAAGUGCACAGAGCUACUUACAUUCUCAGAAAGUUCCUUGUCUGCAAAGUGAACAAGAGCACUUGUGGCCCAAAGUCACCCACAGCAGGGGCAGUGGGCAGUGGCAAAGCCCUUGGCAACAGUAGGUACAGGGAAGUGCAGCAGUGGCACUUUACUGCCUGGCCUGACCAUGCAACCCCUCCAUCACCUGCUGCUCUGCUCCACUUUGUCAGAAGGUCCUCCCAGAACACCACUGGGCCCAUUGUGGUACAUUGCAGUGCUGGAGUUGGCAGGACUGGGGCCUACAUUGUCAUAGACUCAGUGCUGGCACAAAUGAGGGCAGAGCAGAGGUUGGCAGUGUUUGACACUCUGCAAAGAGUGAGGCAGCAGAGACAGGCCCUGGUGCAGACUGAGGAGCAGUAUGUGUUUGUGCAUGACGCCCUCUUGGCUGCCUGUGAAGCUGGUCUUGACUCUGACACUGACGUUGAGGUGGACCAGCUGACAGCCUUCACCAGGAAGAUGGCAGCUGGUGAAGGGCUCUUCAACCAAUGGAAGUUGCUCAAUUCUUCCUGGGCUGGAACCCCAGAUGCUUCUACUGCCCUCUGUGAUGCAAACCGUGGCAAGAACAGGGACCUGGAAAGUGUGGCCAUUGAGAGCAGCAGAGUGUGUCUAGCUUCCUCUGCUGGCAACACUGACUAUGUGAAUGCGAGCUUUGUGACUGGGUUCCACUAUGCCAAAGAGUUUGUGGUCACCCAGCACCCUUUGCCUCACACCAUUGGUGCUUUCUGGAGGCUUGUGUGGCAACUGAGAGUGGAGAAUGUUGUCUUGUUCUCCACUGCAGACUACCAGGUUUGUUAUACUGUACAGUACAUGCAGUUGAUGAGUUACCCUUGCUUCUGGCCAGAGUCGAAUUCAGAGUCAUUGCACAUUGAUAACCUCAAGAUCACUCUGGAGAGUGAGCAGACAACAGUUGGUCACCCUGAGUUGAGAUUGAAGAUUGCAGCACAGUCCUGUGAUGCCCCUGCUGCUGGCCAAGAAGAAGAAAACUUGCCCAGCUUGUCCAUCAGCUUGAUUUUGUGUCCAGGCUGGCCUAAUGCUCAAUCCAGGGACCCCUUGGCCCUGGUGAAAGAUGUGCUCAAGUUGAGGGAGUCCAGACCUGCUGUCACUGGGGAUGGGGAAGCUGAUGUGGUUCCCUGGGUCAUAGUUGACAGGUUUGGAGGAGUGGAAGCCACAACCUUCUGCUGUCUCAGCGCCCUCUAUGAGCAGAUGCAAAUUGACAAGAGGGUAGAUGUGUUCCUUCAUGCAUCUCUGUGCCAACAGUCCAGACCACAUGUAUGGAGAAAACAGGAUGACUUCCUGUUUUUGUACAAAACCCUGACUGGUUUGGAGCUGGAUGUGGGAACCUGGUCAAGAAGGAGGCUCAUGAUUGGCAAUGUUGCCAAUAACUAUGCCACCCCUGCAAAUUCUGCUACUCUGGGACCCCCUGGCUACUUUGGUAGACUUCAUCACCAAUUUGCAGUGCCUGGGUACCAGACAAUGCCGAUGGGUCGCCAUCAGAUGUUCCAGCAGCAGGACAUGGCCCAAAUCCACCAGCAACACAUGGUCGUGAAUGGCCAUCAUUCCACCGACACGGGCUACUAUUCAUCGCAACAGGACACGUCUGACGAGUGUUCGUCAUCAGCUAGAAACUCUUCCGUGUCCGACGGCUGCUACGAUGGAGUGUACCCUGCGCAGCAGACAUGCACCAUUCCCACCGGAGUUGUGAAUCCCGUCGUGCAGAUGUCGUCUCCCAGCAAGGACUCCUCGCGCAACUGCCGCAGCUCCAGCGAGGCCUCUGUCGUGACCGUGAUUGAGGCACCUGCUGCUGUCAGGUUUCCCCCCGAGGGCAAGGAAGCAGCUGUGUUUGCCAGCAGGCAUUACUCUGAUGAGUAUGUGCUGAUGGGCACUCAUCAUCAUCACCAUCUACAGCAGCACGGGCUCAGGAUGGAUCUCGUUUAA